UAAAAGGUUAAUCCGCGGGUUUGAUGUCGAAUGGUCCAGGAGAUGAGAGGAGUGGGAGGACCGUUGCUGAGCAUAGGAGAUCUGCUGAGCGACGUCGGUGACGAAGCCAGUGUGGGGGAAAACCUAGAAACGUCUUCCUUGACAUCUUCUCCAUCAUCAUCAACCGUCAAUGCUACUCUUCCACCAUCGAAUCUCAGCCAACUCUUCAAGGAAAAUUACAACCAGUUGAAUGAGGCAUUAUCAGGGACAGACCACUCAUGGACAGCUCUGACACUGAAGUUAUGCACUUCACUAGAGACUGCAGAUAAGUUGAUACAGUCGGCCAACUCAAAUAUCCGAGUGCUGUCGGAGAAAGUUGAAGCGCUGGAAAGUAUCAUGAAGCGAGGAGAUUCAGCUGUAGCAGCAGUGAAAGGGGUUGAUGUUACACAACUCAAGAAGGAAAGGUCCCCCACUGGGAGUUAAAACAACUUUAGGCAUUAUGGGGCACAAAUCUGAUGAGGGGGGAGAUCAUUAGUGUCUUGUACCUUUAAAACAGAAACCAAGAAAUGAAACUCUAAGGAUGUGUUCUUUAUGCUUCCAAUGAACGAUUCCAGACGAUUCUAAA